AUGGCCUCGUCCGCCCUUCGGCUGAAUCUGCGGAGAAUAACCUGCCGUUCAAUAUGUGAAUCAAACAAAUGUGCGGCUGCCCACCACCUGAGCCGAAAUUUCACUGCAUCUGCGGGCCUCUGGCAUGACAGGCAAAGCAUCAUCCCUAGCCAAAAUGCCAAUUCAGGCCAGAGACGGGCUUACAGUUCGGGGCUGAAAGGGCUUCGGAAUAAAAACAAGAAAGUCAGAGACGAGGCUUCUCAAGAAUCAGAUUCUCCCAUGAUCCUGGGCCAAAACGCAGACCUUCCAAUCCGGGCACGAUUUGCGCCAUCUCCAACGGGAUACCUACACCUGGGGUCACUGCGAACAGCGCUGUUCAAUAAAUUGGCUGUGAGUGCCUCGAAUGGAGGUGCUUUUAUUCUUCGCAUUGAGGAUACAGACCAGAAUCGUCUGGUCAAGGACGCCGAAGAACGGUUGAUGAAAGACCUCAAAUGGGCAGGGCUUUCAUGGGAUGAAGGACCUGAUUGUGGUGGGCCAUACGGUCCCUACAGGCAAUCCGAGAGGCUGCCGGUUUACCAUGAACAUGUACAAAAGUUGCUGGACCAUGAUCAUGCCUACCGAUGCUUCUGCACUUCUGAACAGCUGGAAUCUCAAAAGCGUGAGCUGCACGAGGCCGGCAAGCCCACCAUUUACCCCGGGACAUGUCGCUCCAUAGAUGCCGCCGAAUCUGAUCGCAGAGCAAAGGCUGGAGAGUCCCACGUGGUUCGCUUCAAGAGUAACAAGUUUGGUCGGCCCAAGCUUCGCGAUGCCAUCUACGGGCCAUUUCAGAAGAAGGAUAUGGAAGAGGAUUUUAUCCUGAUGAAAACGGAUGGAUUCCCCACGUAUCACCUCGCCAACGUUGUCGAUGACCACCUGAUGAAAAUUACACAUGUUAUUCGCGGCGAGGAAUGGCUCAUUUCAACGCCGAAACACAUUGCUUUAUAUGAGGCAUUCGGCUGGCAGGCCCCGAUAUUCGCCCAUCUCGGCUUAUUAGUGGACAUUGACGGCAGCAAGCUCAGCAAACGAAACGAUAGCGUCAACAUAUCCAAAUACCAAAAGGAGGGCACAUUCCCCAUGGCCCUACUUGCCUGGCUGGCAAAUCUUGGUUCUUCGUUCAAGCGGGACGUGCAGCCGCCUCGCACCGUUGCAGAUGUAGCUAAUGCUCUGACGUUUAAAUUUACCCGAGGCGGUAUCAAACUAAACCUAGCAAAGCUUGAACAUUUCAAUAGCAGAUACCGGGAUGCAAUGCUCUGGAAGCCCAUCCCUGCAUUGGCUGACCAAGAGGCAAAACUCAUUGAUCAGCACUUGACACAACCUGUUUUGAAGGAAAUCGAAAAGGUUACAAACGGUGAUAUUGAAAACGCGGAACUCACAGCAAGAGAGUGGCGGUUGCCCCUUGAGCUCGUUCCAACACUGUCUGAUGCCGAAAAGAAAGCUCAAUACGUGUACAAAGCCCUUGUUUCAAAACAAGGAGGCUUUCAAUCUCCCAGCCAGCUUGUAUCUCAGCAUCCGUAUCUCUUUUGGCGGGUGCCCUUGAACGUUUACAAGAUGUCUCUAACAAAGGCACGACCAGAGCAAAAGGUCAUUGACGCUCUGAAAGAUGUAAUCCCUCAAGAAGGCCUCUGGAACGGCGAUUGCACCGAGGUGAUGCAAGCUAUACAGUCAAAAGUCGAACCUCAAGGAGUCGAUCAGCUUACUGUUCAUAAUGCACUGCGGGUAGUUGCUGCCGGCGGGCAAGACGUCGUCUCUCAGAGCAGUUCUAGGAUGCUCAUGUUGUUAGGAAGAAAGGAGUGGUCGUAUAGACUUGAUAUUGUCAUACGGCUUUUGAACGACCUGGGGGAAAACUAA